CUGAAUCAUCGAAACAAAAAGAAAAUAUUAUAAAAACAAAUCAAAUUUCAAAACAUUAUCAUACGAUAGUUGAAUCAGAUAAGGGAAGUGAGAUUGAAUAUGACUCAGAUCCACAAAUUGAAUCUUCAGCUCAACAUCACAACAGUGAUCAAAAUUCUGAAGAUGAUUAUAAUUUGGAAGAUAAAUUUUCUGAACUUGAUUCAGAUGAUUUUGAUUAUACACGCCAACAAAAAAAAGGAAAAUUCAAAGCAAAUAAAAUUCAUGAUGAGAUUGAUACAAUUCAAGAAAUGAUUAUAGCAAAUCAUCAAGAAUUAAAUAUAAAUAGUAAAAGAAAACAUGAUUUUGAUAAUUUAAUCGAUGAAAAUGAAUUGUUUGAUAACAACAUAUCAGAUGUUGAAGAA